UACAUAAACAGAAAAAGAUUCACCGUUGACUGCAGUUGCCAUCGGAAGGAUUGUGUCCAGCGGUUCACCAAUUGUGGGGGGCGGCUAAUGUUGAAGUUGCGGGUUCGCGCUCCGAAGCCUCGCGACGACGCUGUUCCAUCCUGCCCCGACGCACGCGCUAUCCGCUUCCGCAACGCAUUGCACGACACUUGUACGGCACAUCUCAGUUUAUUGUACGGUGAAAGUGCGACAUCGAGCUUAGAGACAAAGUGAGAACAGCAGGGUAUUGCAAGCCCCGUACUGUCUCACAGUACAGGAAAGUGAAAGGUUUAUAUAACGAAAAACACGUGUAGCAAAUUAAUAAAACGCGUCAUUGGCAUGUGGCAAUUGCCUCGCCUGGCAUACACACAACUGGGUAAUUGUUUUAUUAUCACGAUUAGAAUGACGGGAAAGUAGAUGUUACGAAAGCAGCGAAACUGCAUUCUAUUCCUGUCAUGCUUUUGUUUUCGCUAUACAACGUUGCUUUAUAUUCAAUCUUUAUGUAUUAGUGUUAAAUUUAGCUAUCUUUAUAUCAUUAAAUCUGUGCUAGAGCACAAUCAACCGCUACAAGUGAUAGAAUUAAUCUUACCAAAUUAAAUAUGAGACCAAUAAGUUUGUACCCCGACAUUGUCAUACCAAAAGUACCAUUGGGUAGGCUCGUUAUAGAUGCAAUUAAAGUACACGGAGACCGUGUAGCUUGGAUUGAUGUUAGCAACAGCGGCGAAAAAUACUCGUUUAAUAGAAUCCGUAAGGCGGCGCUAAAGUGCGCAAACGCGUUAUACAAAGAGGGGAUCAAGAGAAACGACAUCGUUGGUGUAUUAUGUCCUAACUCAUGCCAACAGAAAAUUCUUGUAUUGGCCCUCGCUUUAUGCGGAUGCACCAUCGUACCCGUCAACAAUUUGUACUCAAAAGAUGAGGUUGAACGACAAAUGCAAAUUGUUGAACCAAAGAUUCUGUUUACAUCAUCCGAUCAAAUAAAUAAACUGGAAUGUUGUUCACCAAACGUCAAGGUUUACAUAUUUGGACCAAAUGAAAAAGAAAAUGUUUUUCUCAAGUUUUUGGAAGUUGGGGAGGAAGAAGGAGUCCACUUGGAUGGCGAGAUCGACAUCAUGAACGACGAUUUGUUUUUACUUUGUUCAAGCGGGACAACUGGCCCUCCCAAGUUGAUACAACAUACCAACCAUAGUAUGGUGGCUGGGACACAAAUUACUAGAGUUUUAUACAAGCGAGGUGCAGGAAGUGCAUCUUACACCAGUGCUCCAAUGUUUCAUGUUGUUUCUAUUGUUACAAUGUGCUCACAUUUAAUGCAAGGCAGCACUCUUGUUCUGCCUCACAAGAACACAUUAGUUGAGCUACUGGAGUUAACACAACAGUACAAAGUCACACACGCUUUCAUGUUUACUCCGAAAUUAUUCGAAAUUAUGAAAUUUGACGAACUCAAUAAAUAUGAUGUUUCUACUUUGCAAGAGAUCAGCAUAGGGGGUUCCCCUUCUACAUUUGAGAUCAAAAACUUGGUGAAGAAAAAACUUGACGUUGUAUCUGUUUUGGAUGGUUAUGGAUUGACUGAGGGCAUGGGGAUUGCUUGCACCGAUGUUGUGAUAUCUAAGCCUGGAUCAGUUGGCUUUGUAGUUCCUAAUGUUUCACUCAAAAUUAUGGAUAUUGAAGCAAGGAAAGAGCUUGGUGCCAAUAAAUGUGGUGAAAUAAUGGUCCAAAGCGUUCAGACUGCAAAAGGUUAUUACAAAAACCCUGAAGCUACAAAGAAUAUGUUUGAAGAUGGCUGGUUGAAGACGGGUGAUAUGGGAUAUUAUGAUGAAGAUGGAAAUCUUUAUAUAACUGAUCGAAUUAAAGAUGUUAUUAAAGUUAAUGCAGUGCAGGUUUCUCCCACCGAGCUUGAAUCUGUUUUAAUGAAACACCCCAAAGUUUCCGAGGUCGGGGUUAUUGGGGUUCCCGAUACGGUGGGGUUCGCAGGGGAAGUACCUAAAGCCUUCAUAGUGAAGAAAGACCAGGAGUUGCUGGAACACGAGGUGCAUGAGUUUAUUAAAGAUAAGUUGGCAGAUUAUAAACAACUAAGAGGAGGCGUGGUGUUCAUUGAUGCAUUGCCUAGAAGUGGGAGUGGAAAGAUAUUGAAACGAGAUCUUUUACAAAUGCAUCAAUAACUUGCCUUUUUCCUCGCUUUGUCAGAAAACGACAGGCGUGAGUUAACUGUUUCAAACCUCUUCAUCGCUUACAAGUUUAUUCUUGCUAUCGGGAUACCAACAAUUGUUAUAACACGGGUGUUGCUAAUUUAAUUACACCACAAAAAGGAAAACAAUGCGAGAGAAAACGGCUGACGCAAAACGAAUUAUUGAAUAUAUCGUUUUUAUUCUUGGGUGAAAGUUAAGAGGGAUACCGCGGUGGUCGUAAUGGGCAGUGCACUUAAAUGCAUAUAGUUUGGUCGGGAUACGACCCCCAUAGACCGUUGGUAACUGUUAAAAACACGCUUAGGAUAUUUGUAUAUAAUGAGCUAAAGGUGUCCCAUUUUCCCCCACCCACAAAAGAGUUCAAAAUAUGAAAAUCAUGAGUGUGGUUCGUGCGACGCUGCGCGCAGGAUGGUAGCAGCGCUGAGCUUCGAACCCAGUAUGUAAACCUACAGAAUGAAAACAUGUCUUAUCUUACCCUACCCUAUUGUAAGUCUUUUAUGUACCGAAUGUGAUCGUAAUUCGUAACAACGAUCCGGUCCUGGCUUAGGAAUUAAACCAGCUC